AUGCUGGUCAUCUACAUUUUUAAACAAAGAACACACUCUUAUUUCUUCUAAUAAAUAUUGAGUGAUAGACAAUUUAAUCAAUUCACCUUUAUAAUCUAAUUAUUCAACAAAGUUCCUGAGUAAAUAUCAGCCAUUCUAUCAAUGUUUUUUUUUAGUCAAGGUAAUAAUUUCAAUAAAUAAAGGAUUAUUGAAAAAUAACGAAUCAUAACGAGGAAAUUGCAAUCAAGGCUUUUGGAUUAUUUAUCAUUGUCUCUCAAUAAAUACUGCUUACUUUAACUUAAGGAACAUGCCUGCUAUUUAUAGAUGA